CUACUGGUAUUUCCCCAACAGCUAAGAUGUGAGAGUUGGCCUCCUUACACAGUGAAUCUUCCUCUAAAUGACUUAACUCUAAUUCUUUUCUAGGCUUUUUAACCAGUCUGUGGUGUAAAGACACGCUUCCAGAGGAUCCUUAGAAGUCUUGGACAAGCUUACCCUUAUGUGGCAGGUGCUGUGCCGGCCACUGGUAACCCAAAGAUGAUGAUAAAUAAGUUCCUGUCCAGAAGGAGCUAGCGAUCCACUGGGGAUUCCUCUUGCUGAUGACACAAUUCCUGUGUGAAUCUGUUUACAAGAUUCUGAAAGCUGAACAGAGAACUUUGGCACUGCACUGGCAUCGCAAGAAAUAGAUAACAUCAAGAAGGACAUCAGGAGUAGGAGAAAUUGGCCUGGGAGGCUCAGCAGGAGCCGUAUGUUUCCUUGAGCUCUCGGGCUGUUUUAGUCAGUGGUCUUUAACCAAAUAGUAAGAAGGAACACUUUAUCGUUCCAGGAGCACUCUUCAUGGUCACACAGAAAUGAUGUCUUCCAAGCGACCAGCCUCUCCGUAUGGGGAAGCAGAUGGAGAGGUAGCCAUGGUGACAAGCAGACAGAAAGUGGAAGAAGAGGAGAGUGACGGGCUCCCAGCCUUUCACCUUCCCUUGCAUGUGAGUUUUCCCAACAAGCCUCACUCUGAGGAAUUUCAGCCAGUUUCUCUGCUGACGCAAGAGACUUGUGGCCAUAGGACCCCCACCUCUCAGCACAAUACAAUGGAAGUUGAUGGCAAUAAAGUUAUGUCUUCAUUUGCCCCACACAACUCAUCUACCUCACCUCAGAAAGCAGAAGAAGGUGGGAGGCAGAGUGGUGAGUCCUUGUCGAGCACGGCCCUGGGAACUCCCGAACGGCGCAAAGGCAGCUUAGCUGACGUUGUUGACACCUUGAAGCAGAGGAAAAUGGAAGAGCUCAUCAAAAAUGAGCCAGAAGAAACCCCCAGUAUUGAAAAGCUACUCUCAAAGGACUGGAAAGACAAACUUCUUGCAAUGGGAUCAGGGAACUUUGGUGAAAUAAAAGGGACUCCUGAAAGCCUAGCUGAGAAAGAGAGGCAGCUCAUGGGUAUGAUCAAUCAACUGACCAGUCUGCGAGAGCAGCUAUUGGCUGCCCACGAUGAGCAGAAGAAACUGGCUGCAUCUCAGAUUGAGAAACAGCGCCAGCAAAUGGAGCUGGCCAAACAGCAACAAGAACAGAUUGCAAGACAGCAGCAGCAGCUCCUGCAGCAACAACACAAAAUCAAUUUGCUUCAGCAACAGAUCCAGGUUCAAGGUCAACUGCCGCCAUUAAUGAUUCCCGUGUUCCCUCCUGAUCAACGGACACUGGCUGCAGCUGCCCAGCAAGGAUUCCUUCUUCCUCCAGGCUUCAGCUAUAAGGCUGGAUGUAGUGACCCUUACCCUGUUCAGCUGAUCCCAACUACCAUGGCAGCUGCCGCUGCAGCAGCACCAGGCUUAGGCCCGCUCCAACUGCAGCAGUUAUAUGCUGCCCAGCUAGCUGCAAUGCAGGUAUCUCCAGGAGGAAAGCUCCCAGGCAUUCCCCAAAGCAACCUCGGUGCUGCUGUAUCUCCUACCAGCAUUCACACAGACAAGAGCACAAACAGCCCACCACCCAAAAGCAAGGAUGAAGUGGCACAGCCACUGAACCUAUCAGCUAAACCCAAGACCUCUGAUGGCAAAUCACCCACAUCACCCACCUCUCCCCAUAUGCCAGCUCUGAGAAUAAACAGUGGGGCAGGCCCCCUCAAAGCCUCUGUCCCAGCAGCAUUAGCUAGUCCUUCAGCCAGAGUUAGCACAAUAGGUUAUUUAAAUGACCAUGAUGCUGUCACCAAGGCAAUCCAAGAAGCUCGGCAGAUGAAGGAGCAGCUUCGGCGGGAGCAACAGGUGCUUGAUGGGAAGGUGGCUGUUGUGAAUAGUCUAGGUCUCAAUAACUGCCGGACAGAAAAGGAAAAAACAACACUGGAGAGUCUGACUCAGCAACUGGCAGUUAAACAGAAUGAAGAAGGAAAAUUUAGCCAUGCCAUGAUGGAUUUCAAUAUGAGUGGAGAUUCUGAUGGAAGUGCUGGAGUCUCGGAGUCAAGAAUUUAUAGAGAAUCCAGAGGGCGUGGUAGCAAUGAACCCCACAUAAAGCGUCCAAUGAAUGCCUUCAUGGUGUGGGCUAAAGAUGAGCGAAGGAAAAUCCUUCAAGCCUUUCCUGACAUGCACAACUCCAACAUCAGCAAGAUAUUGGGAUCUCGCUGGAAAGCUAUGACAAACCUAGAGAAACAGCCAUAUUAUGAGGAGCAAGCCCGUCUCAGCAAACAGCACCUGGAGAAGUACCCUGACUACAAAUACAAGCCCAGGCCAAAGCGCACCUGCCUCGUGGAUGGCAAAAAGCUGCGCAUCGGUGAAUACAAGGCAAUCAUGCGGAAUAGGCGGCAGGAAAUGCGGCAAUACUUCAAUGUUGGGCAACAAGCACAGAUCCCCAUCGCCACUGCUGGUGUGGUAUACCCUGGAGCCAUCGCCAUGGCUGGAAUGCCCUCCCCUCACCUGCCCUCGGAGCACUCAAGCGUGUCUAGCAGCCCCGAGCCUGGGAUGCCCGUUAUCCAGAGCACUUAUGGUGUGAAAGGAGAGGAGCCACAUAUCAAAGAAGAGAUACAGGCUGAGGACAUCAACGGAGAAAUUUAUGAUGAGUUCGAUGAGGAAGAAGAUGAUCCAGAUGUAGAUUAUGGGAGUGACAGUGAAAACCAUAUUGCAGGACAAGCCAACUGAUAAGGGUCAAAAAAUGGUUGUGACCUUAGGACUUAAAGAAGCCCUAGCUGGUUCAUCCUUACCAGUGGCCAAGCACAUUAACUUUCUCAUACACUGACUGUUACUUUAACUGUUAGUCUUAAAUAGUUGGGACAUCAGCUGACUAAUAGACCUCAGCCUCAAAAGGCUUGGAAAGGAAAAAAAAAUACAAGCAAACAA